AUGGGGAAAUGCAACGGGCGAUGCACGCUGGUUGGAUUCUGCUGCCUUCAGCUGAUAGCAGCGCUGGAGAGGCAGAUCUUCGACUUCCUGGGCUAUCAGUGGGUGCCCAUCCUGGCUAAUUUUUUACACAUUAUGGCUGUCAUCCUGGGCAUCUUUGGGACCAUCCAGUACAGAUCCAAAUACCUCAUAAUGUAUGCAGCGUGGCUGGUGCUGUGGGUUGGAUGGAACGCAUUCAUCAUCUGCUUUUACCUGGAAGUUGGACACCUGUCACAGGACCGGGACUUCAUCAUGACCUUUAAUACCUCGCUGCACCGCUCGUGGUGGAUGGAGAAUGGGCCCGGCUGCCUGGUGACGCCGGUGAUGAACUCAAACCUGGCCCCCGAGGACCAUCACGUCAUCACGGUCACCGGAUGCCUGCUCGAUUACCAGUACAUCGAGGUAGUGAGCAGCGCCAUGCAGAUAUUCCUUGCGCUCUUUGGAUUCGUCUAUGCCUGCUAUGUCAGCAAAGUGUUUAUGGAGGAAGAAGACAGCUUUGACUUCAUCGGAGGAUUCGAUUCCUACGGCUACCAGGCCCCACAGAAGACGUCACACUUACAGCUACAGCCUUUGUACACAUCUGGGUAACUCUCUUGCGCCCUGGAAUCCGCCCCCUCCUGGAUCUUCGUGGGAAUGCGAGGUGGCGGGAGGCCCCGAACGAUUGCGAACUGUCCCGAAAGCA